CGCUCGGAGGGGGGGGGGGGGUCUCCGCCGCCGCCGCCGCCGGAAGGAGCCGCCAUUUGCCACCGCCGAGCGCACGGGCCAAGCGGAGCAGGAGCCCGGAGCCGGGAGCCGGAGCGGGACUGGGGCCAGGAGGACGGCGAUGGGGGGCGGCCCCGCCGCAGGAGGACACGGGAGCGUAAUCCCGGGAGCCCGGCCCGCUCCGGACCCAGACCCGCGGGGCGCGAUACCCUGAGCCCCCUCCCCGCCCACUGCCCUGGCCAUGGCUGCCCGCCCCGCCGCCCCCGGGCCGCCAGCCCUCCCGGCCCCGCAAGCGCCGAAGCCCCGGCGGCGGCAGCAGUGAACGGCGCUCGCAGGCCCCGAAGACCCCGGCCGGGCUCGGCUCUCGGGCGCGCGCCCCCUCCCCGGCCUUGUCCUCUCCCCUCCCCCCGCCGCCCGAGAGCCCCCUUGCGCGCCGCCCCCCGCCCCCCGGCUCCCGGACGAUGCUCAAGUCUCGGCUCCGCAUGUUCCUGAACGAGCUGAAGCUGCUGGUGCUGACGGGCGGGGGGCGGCCCCGGGCCGAGCCGCAGCCCCGGGGGGGCGGGGGGGGCGGCUGCGGCUGGGCGCCCUUCGCCGGCUGCUCGGCCCGGGACGGCGACGGCGACGAGGAGGAGUACUACGGGUCGGAGCCGCGGGCCCGGGGCCUGGCCGGAGACAAGGAGCCGCGGGCCGGACUCCCGCCGCCGCCCGCGCCGCCGCCGCCGCCGCCCCCGGGCGCGCUGGACGCCCUGUCGCUUAGCAGCAGCCUGGACAGCGGGCUCCGGACCCCCCAGUGCCGAAUCUGCUUCCAGGGCCCCGAGCAGGGGGAGCUCCUGAGCCCCUGCCGCUGCGACGGCUCUGUGCGCUGCACGCACCAGCCCUGCCUCAUCCGCUGGAUCAGCGAGAGGGGCUCCUGGAGCUGUGAGCUCUGCUACUUCAAGUAUCAGGUCCUGGCGAUCAGCACCAAGAAUCCACUGCAGUGGCAGGCCAUCUCCCUGACGGUCAUUGAGAAGGUGCAGAUUGCGGCCAUAGUUCUGGGCUCUCUCUUCCUCGUCGCCAGCAUCUCCUGGCUCAUCUGGUCCUCACUCAGCCCUUCAGCCAAGUGGCAACGUCAGGAUCUGCUCUUUCAGAUCUGCUACGGCAUGUAUGGCUUCAUGGAUGUCGUCUGCAUAGGCCUCAUCGUCCAUGAAGGCUCCUCUGUCUACCGCAUCUUCAAGCGCUGGCAGGCAGUGAACCAGCAGUGGAAGGUCCUGAAUUAUGACAAGACCAAGGACAUAGGAGGAGAUGCAGGGGGAGGGACAGCAGGGAAGCCAGGCCCCAGGACCUCACGGACAGGCCCGCCCUCUGGGGCCACCAGCCGCCCCCCUGCUGCCCAGCGCAUGCGGACGCUCUUGCCUCAGCGCUGUGGUUACACAAUCCUGCACCUCCUUGGACAGCUGCGGCCACCAGAUGCGCGUUCCAGUUCCCAUUCUGGCCGAGAGGUUGUCAUGAGGGUCACCACAGUCUAAACUGGACUCCAGGAGCGGGGAUCUUAAGUCAGUACCUUGGCUACAGAUGAGCUAUUAUGGCUGCUGGAGGUACUACCUGGACCAGAUGUUUGGUGCACACUGCCCCCACUACCGAGGAUCUCUGUGGGCAGCCUCAAGCUGGAGACAUUGUCUGGCUUCUACUGCCCACUGGGUAGAGACACUUGGAUGACAUUCCAGCUCCCACUGACAGCUCCUCACAUUCAUCCUGGGGCAGCCAGAGGGCAAAUGGGGAGAGCAGCUUUUCUUCCCUAGAGAACCGUCUUUACCUCAGCUCCUAGGGCCUCCAGCCCCUCAGCUCUACCACAGUGACUUGGUGAGGGGGGAAUCAAUGCCAGAAGAAAGGGGCUGUAGACCCCUCCCCCAUUCCCCACUUCAUGGCCACAGGGCAGCUGGCAAUAAGACUAGUACACAUUAACCUCCCGUUCCCUGCAUGAGGGCGGGUGAGACUUCCCUGGCUCUGCCCCCCAUUGCAUGGGGGGGAGGGCAUAAAGAAUCAUUUAUAUGCACAAGGAGACUCCUUUCUCAUCUGGGGCUUUUUCUGGAGGGUUGGGAGGCGUGGCGAGGUUUCUUUGCAGAGGUUCCAAAUCCCAAAUGCAGCAGUGGGUUCCGAGUUGGAGGUUUAACUCCCACUUGCUGGUGAGUAAUUCAUAUUGGCUGCUAGAUGGUAGUGCUCAGAGGUAUGUAAAGGGUGAACCUACCACCUCCAAGUUGUGUGUGAUUUAGGAAAAAAAUCUCUACUGUGGUUUGCCUGUCUACCUCAUAGGGUUGGAAUAAGGAUAAAGAAGGGACAGGUUGAGUGCCAUUGCAAAGAAAAUCAGUGAUGGCAUAAAAAGAUUUCUACAUGA